AUGUUUGCUUCCUGCCUGCUCUGCCUGUUGGGUCUCACUUCAUUCGCUCAUUUUGCCCUCGGAUUAGUCAAAGUGGUUCCAUCUGCACGGUCGAUCCCAGUUGGUGGAAACGCAACGUUUGUUUGUUCCUCCACUCUAUCACCCAAACGCUUGAAAUGGAUGCUGACUAACAAUGGUACGCUGGAAAAUGGUGAACAAUCGGCGGAUGGUCGGUUUUCCAACGAGAAUGGCUCUCUAAUCUUGCGUCUCUUGACCAUUGCUGAUUCGGGUUCCUAUUACUGCGCAGAUAAUAAAACUUUUUGGCGUCGUGGGCGUGUCGGCCUGGCUGUUCUUAAAGUUUUUGAAAUGCCAUCUUACCAAACCGAGGGCAUUGUUGUCUUGAUUGUCAAUGGU